GUCCCGCUCCCGCCCAAGCGGCGGUUGCCGGGCGGCCUGAGGCGAGGCGAGAUGCGGCAGAAGAGGCCGAGGGCGAUGGGCCCGGCGGCGGGGGGCGGCCGGCGGAGGGGAGGUCUCGAUGACAUCCCUGCUUCCACCAGCCUGCCACCGCUCGUGGAGGGACCCCUGCGCUGCUUCCUCCGCUGCACCGUGGCCCGAGCCCUCUGGACGACCCCAAAGCCACCCUCUGCUGCCACUCUCGUGCGCCUGAGGUGGUGGGGAGAGACCUCUGAUGGCACCGUCUUCCAGCCCACCUCCCGACCAGGGCAGCCAGGAGGGAGAACCACCGCUCGCUACCCAGUCCGCUGUGGGCCCAGGCAGUUUGCUGCCUACCUGACAGAUAUGGGUGUGCUUGUCCUGGAGGUAAUGACCAAACUGGACCAUCUUCCCAUUGGCAGAGUACAAAUCAGCAGCCUGUCCCAGCUUUCUCCCAGCCAUCCCAUCAGUGGGGUUUUCCCCAUCAUUUCACCCACAUCUGAUAAACUUGGAGAGCUGCAGGUCUCACUGGCUCUAGAACCUCUGCCAGGACGGUACGACACCAGCAGCUCUAUCCCAACCACAGAUGGGAGUUUGGAUACUGCUCCUGGAAGCAGCAAACCCCAAAUCCUUGCUCCAUCACAGCAGUCCAGGCAAACACAAGUGACUGUUGCUGACCAGGAGGCUGUUAACAAUGGCAGAGCCUCAACUCACAGAGGAAAGGACCAUUUUCUCUUUCAAGAGAACUCUGAAAACAUAAAGGACACUUUCCCUGCUUCUCAUCAUCCUCUGAUUUUACCAGAUGAAUGUUUGAAAAUGAAUCAUUCAAAUGAAGAAGUGUCAUUUCCCACCAGUGCUGAUCCUGAAGGACCUGCCAGAACAAACACUCGGGUGCUCUCUUUACAUAGCCCAGCUACAAAAGACCUGCUUUCAGCUCUUUUGGAUCAAGGCAAUAAACUCCGUGAUGCCAUGGUUGUGUCUGCAAUGAAGUCAAGCCCAGACAUGGAGAUUGAGCUGACCGAAGUGUCUCCUUUUAUAGAGAGAGAGAAUUUCAAAGCACCAGCCAAGAGCCCCAAAGGCUUGAACUCAAGUUUUCUGCCCACUCUUCAAGAUCCCCAUCCCCUUCCUUCUGAAGUUUCUGGUCAGCAACUUGAUCUGAACUCUGAAGAGACAGCAAUCGAGCUACUCUUGGGCAGUGCUGAUUUCCCCACUGAGCCUUUCUGGGAUCGGACAGGUUCCCUUUGGGAUUCUCUGUCUCUUGGCAGUGAGGUGUAUGACAGCGAACUCAAUGAUCCUCAUUACGACCAGAGUCUGCUGGAGAGUCUUUUUUACACAGCUCCUAAAUCUGAUUCCAGUUUAAGUGAUUUGCUCAGUGAUGAUGAUGAUGAUGUAAACUCCUCCAGGAAAGUAACCAAGGCACAAACUGGCAAGAACACUGAUACAAGAAACCCUCAGAAGGAUUCUAAUGCCUUUGAUCAGGAUCAGAAAGUGACAGAAAUUGUACCCAGCCACUCUGCUAUCAGACCACUUGCUCCUCCAGAAGAUCUCACAGAAGCUGCUUGCAUCACAUCCUUGGGUGCAGACAGGUUGGCAUUGCUGGAGCGAAUCCACCUGGCCAGAGUCAUCAUUGAAAGCUUGAAAAUCCCUCCUGAGAGCAUCCAGGUCUCACCAAGAAAGAAAGGUGCUAUGGGGAAGCCUCCAAGGCCUGUAUCAGUUAGCAAGCGUACCUUCUUUGUUGAGUACCACUUUCCAGUGGGAGCCUUCAGGGAUGAAAAAGGACAGAUCUCCAUAACAACAGAAGUAACUCGAAUAGCUUCAAGUAAAAUCACAAAUGAUGUGGUGACAUUCCAGCAGCGGUUUGUGUUCCCUGUCCGCUUUGGUGGAGCGAUGAUAGAGCACUGGUGGAGCUCUGCUCUUGCUUUUAAAAUCUACAUGAGAAAAAGCACACAGAAAAAGCCAGUGGCCAUUGGCUCAGCUGCGCUUCAGUUACGCCAGGUUGUUCAGUCCGAGCUGCUCACUGUCAGCUGUGAAAUACCUGUGGACAAAGAGGGAGAUCAGACACAAGUUGGACCACUAAAGGUGUCCUUAGAGCUCGCAGCCAACAACAAAGACUUCACCCUCACCACUGCCCGGUCACCUAUGGCUGCGCAGCAAGCCCCAGUGCAUGCUGUGAGAAGUCCUGGGCUGCAAUUCCAGGAGCCCAACAGGAAGAGUUUAAGUCCAGGAAGCCCUCACUGCUUGAAACUUAACCACAUUGACUCACAGAAGACAGGGGCAGCCACCAUGAGCAGGGGGCAGCCGCCACAGGCUGCACCAACCUCUGUAGGCCAUCAUCUGCUGACACAAAUAGCCACGUCUGAAGAAGAUGGGUUGUUGCUGCACGUGCUGCUGAUGGUGCCUGAGGGAAAGGAUUUUGUUGCUGAAGACCAAGGGCUCCCCAGCUCUUGUAAUGUGUAUUUAAACUGCAAGCUGCUCAGCACUGAGGAGGCAACGAGAUCUGCUGUUGUAUGGGGCACAACUCAACCUGCCUUCAAUUUUUCUCAGGUGAUGCCUUUUUCCUUGACUUCCAAACACUUGGAGCGGCUGAAGAACAAUGUCAUGAUUAUUGAAGCAUGGAACAAGAUGGGAAGCCCUGGCUGUGAUAGGCUGCUGGGGUUAGUGAAACUGCCUCUGCAUCAGUUCUACAUCUCAUUCAGAGAUCCAAAGAUUUCCCACUUGCUGCUUCAAGCUCAGUAUCCCGUGGUGGCUGUGGACAGCUACAUGCCUGUGGUGGAUGUUUUUACUGGCAGCAGAAGUGGAAGCCUGAGGGUCAUUCUGGCAAUGGGGUCAGCGGAUCAAAUAGCGGCACUGCAAAGGCUGAAAACUGAGGAAGGGAUGGUACCUCCCAUCACACAGCGACCUUCCCACUCUCUGGAUCCUCCUCCUACAAAGCCUGUCAUGCAGUUAGACCCAGAAGGGGAAGACCUGCUGGAGCAUGUGUUUGAGAUCCAUGUGGAGAGUGUGAAAGGACUGACACCAUUACAGUCCACUGUCUGGGGAGAGGCUGACUGCUACGUACAGUACUACUUCCCAGUUCAAGAGGCUGGUUGUGGUGCACUGCAAGGAGCUGAAUUGCAGGAGGAUG